UCCUUAAUAAAACCUUAGCAAUUUGCACGAUCUGCAAGACCAAAACAGGAUUCCAAAGAAGAGAAAAGAAAAAGAUAGAACAAUGCUAAAGAAACAUUCCUGCGUAAAUACUGCAGUAAUACUGUCAUGCAGAGUGUAUCCUUUCUUGUUGUAUCCUUUUUUGUGCAAUGUUUUCCAUAGCACUCAAAUAUCUCCAAGUUCUCUUUUAGUGUAGGUGCGGGGAGGAAUUUAUACUUUUUUUACAAUUUUGUAAAUCUCUGUUAAAAUAAGUAAGAUACUUUAAAAUUAUAAAGGGGACUUUUUCAGGGAGAAAGCUAGUGAAUCCGGUCACUUAUUUACUUAGAGGGACACCAUGAAUGUUUCUAGUCUCAAAAUGUGACCUUUCCUCCCUGUUCCUUCUCUAAAUCCAUAUAAUUCUUUAUUUUAUGGGCCAGAUCCUGAACUGGUGUAAAUUGGCCUUGUUCCAUUGACUUCAGUGGCGCUAUGCUGACUUACAUCAGCUGAUGAGCUGGCCCUAGAUGUUCCUUUUUAAAAAAUAGCAACACCGCACUGUGUUAGAAUGUUUCAGUUUUGAUGGGGUGGUUAUAAGUAGAAAACAAUCCUUGACGUUGUCUUUUUAAGUAAUACAUUCAUUUAAUGACAGCUUGUGUCCCAGUUUAUGGGACGCAACCUGCACUUAGUUUCUCUUGUAACUUUUUCCUUUUUUUAGACUAGAGAACAGAAAAUCUAGCAAUGUUUCAUAAUGAAGUAAUGAAGACUGAAGCUAAACUUUAUUCAUUGCUACCUUUGUUUCCCACUUUCUGGUAGUGUUUUAUGGCAACUAAUCUAUAAUUUUCCUGGGGGUUUUGUAUUACAGCAUUCUGUGAUUAACCUUACUUUUUUAAGUUUAAUAUAAACUAAUACAUGCUGUAUGUAGUAAGCCAAAUUUAGCUGGCUCAGACAUGAUUCACUAAUUUUUUAUAUCUUAAGUUCUUUCAACUUUCCAGUUAAGCUUCUGACAACUGAACACAGUAAUUUUCCAGUCAUUUAUACUUUUAACAUGCCUUUAUAAUGUUCCAGGUUCCUUUUGUGUUCCAUCUCUUUCAAGUGUUACCAAGCCAUGGGAAGAAGCAAUGUGAUCAACAGGACUGUUGAACAUACAAAAAUCCAUGAGAAGAGCACAAGCUAUUACGGAAAGAACCAUGAAGGCCUUUCUUCUGCUAGCAGCCAUUGGACUUUGUUCGGCGCAAUACAACCCAAAUACAAAACCUGGGAAGAUGUCUAUUGUCCACCUGUUUGAAUGGCGUUGGGCUGACAUUGCUCUUGAAUGUGAACAGUAUUUAGCACCCAAUGGAUUUGGUGGAGUUCAGAUAUCUCCUCCAAAUGAAAAUAUUGUCAUUACUAACCCAUGGAGACCCUGGUGGGAAAGAUACCAGCCAAUCAGCUACAAUCUAUGUACACGAUCUGGAAAUUAUGAUGAAUUUAAAGACAUGGUGACCAGAUGCAACAAUGUUGGAGUUCAUAUUUAUGUGGAUACUGUAGUCAACCACAUGUGUGGAUCUGGUGCUGGCUCUGGUAAUAGUUCUACUUGUGGAAGCUAUUUCAAUGCAGAGACCAGAGAUUUUCCUGCUGUGCCAUACUCAGCCUGGGACUUUAACGAUGGUAAAUGUAAAACUGGAAGUGGAGACAUUGAAAAUUACCAUGAUGUGACUCAGGUCCGUGACUGUCGCCUUGUCAGUCUUCUUGAUCUUGCCCUGGAGAAGGACUAUGUGCGCUCGAAAGUUGCUGAAUACAUGAACAAACUUAUUGAUAUUGGUGUGGCAGGCUUCAGAAUUGAUGCUUCCAAGCAUAUGUGGCCUGGGGACAUGACAGCAUUUUUAGACAAACUGAAAAAUCUAACUAAAACAUGGUUUUCCAAUGGAUCGAGACCUUUCAUUUACCAAGAGGUAAUUGACUUGGGUGGAGAGCCAAUUAAAAGCAGUGAAUACUUUGGAACUGGCCGAGUGACUGAAUUCAAAUAUGGUGCCAAACUGGGUACAGUAAUCCGCAAAUGGAAUGGAGAAAAGAUGGCCUAUUUAAAGAAUUGGGGAGAAGGCUGGGGUUUUAUGCCCUCUGACAUAGCCCUUGUCUUUGUGGAUAAUCAUGACACCCAAAGGGGACAUGGUGCUGGGGGAGCUUCUGUUCUAACCUUCUGGGACUCCAGACUAUAUAAAAUGGCACUUGGCUUUAUGCUUGCUCAUCCUUAUGGAUUUACACGUGUUAUCUCAAGUUACCGUUGGCCAAGAUAUUUUCAGAAUGGAAAGGACAUUAAUGAUUGGGUGGGACCACCAAGCUUUGAGGAUGGAUCAACCAAACCUGUUACAAUUAAUCCAGACUCCACUUGUGGCAACGACUGGGUCUGUGAACAUAGAUGGCGUCAAAUAAAGAACAUGGUUAUUUUCCGUAAUGUGGUUGAUGGCCAGCCUUUCUCAAACUGGUGGGACAAUGACAGCAAUCAAGUGGCUUUUGGGCGUGGUAAUAGAGGAUUCAUCGUCUUUAAUAAUGAUGACUGGAGCUUGAAUGUGAAUUUGCAAACUGGCCUUCCUGCUGGAAUUUACUGUGAUGUUAUUUCUGGGCAAAAGGAAGGUGACCGCUGUACAGGAAUACAGGUGCAGGUUGUAGGUGACGGCACUGCUAACUUCCAGAUUAGUAACCAGGCUGAAGAUCCUUUCAUUGCAAUUCAUGUUGAUGCUACAUUGUAAUCCAUGCAAGAAUGAAUGAUUCUCUG